AUGACCAGUAUGAUGUCAGGCACGGCCGGUACGUCUACGGGAGGUACUUCCGGUGUGAUAUUCCCUGCUACGUCUGCCACAGGAAUGAUGGCUAGUGGCGGAGGGGUAUCGGGAAGCGAAAUGAUGUCAGCCACCGGAGGUGCAAUGCCUAGUGCCGGGAUGAUUUCUGGCACUGGCGGAAUGACGGGAGGCGGAGAUUUCGGGAUGAUUAGUAGUACAGCUAUACCUUUUUAUGGUACCAGUGGGGGCAUGUUUAGCGGAAUGUGUUCAAUGAUUCCUGGGCGAAGCUGGUCCUUCUAUGGCUCAACUGGUGGCAUACCGACUUACGGAAUGGGCGGUGGUAUAAUGGGUAGUGGAAUGAUGGGAGGUGGAGCAAUGGGAAGUGGGAUGAUGGGAGGUGGAGCAAUGGGAAGUGGGAUGAUGGGAGGUGGAGCAAUGGGAAGUGGAAUGAUGGCAGGCGGAGCCAUGGGCAGUGGAAUGAUGGCAGGCGGAGCCAUGGGCAGUGGAAUGGGAGGUGGAGCUAUGGGAAGUGGAAUGAUGGGAGCUGGAGCAAUGGGAAGUGGAAUGAUGGGAGGCGGAGCCAUGGGAAGUGGGAUGAUGGGAGGCGGAGCCAUGGGCAGUGGAAUGAUGGCUGGCGGAGCUAUGGGCAGUGGUAUGACGGCUGGUGGAGCUAUGGGCAGUGGUAUGAAGGCUGGUGGAGCUAUGGGCAGUGGGAUGAUGGCUGGUGGAGCUAUGGGAAGUGGUAUGACGGCUGGCGGAGCCAUGGGCAGUGGUAUGAUGGCAGGCGGAGCCAUGGGCAGUGGAAUGAUGGCAGGCGGAGCCAUGGGCAGUGGUAUGACGGCUGGCGGAGCUAUGGGUAGUGGAAUGAUGGCUGGCGCUGGGUCUGGUAUGGGCAUGGGAGCCGGGACUAUGGGAGGAGGUGCCAUGGGAGGAGCCAUGGGAAGCGGUGGCAUGUCUUUUGUCACCAGACGCAAAUCAGGAAAAAUAGGUAAUUAA